AGAAAUAGUUCUCCAAGCCCUAUUCUUAUGGUUCAAUUCUGCCAUAAAGUGAAUCCAUUUUGUGCAGCAAGAGUUCAUGGGUCUACUGUUUGAAGGAAAGAUGGCGAGAACAAUAUGUUAUCAUACUUUGGAGAAUGCAGAAAAGGGCCAACUCUAUGAUGACUCCAUCUACCUAAGGAUCAUCAAAUUGUAAUGUCGCUGAGCCAUAAUGUCUUCUUCCAAUGCGUCAUGAAGAACCAGUGGUCAUGGCAGUGAGGAAUAUGGCUGCAGGUACGGCUGUAAAAGGAGCAACAAUACUACUUUGGUUCCAGUGAACAUCCAUAUUUGUCUACCAUGUGGACAUCUAUAUGGUGCAUCUUGCAUCGAGAGAUGGAUUAAACAUUCUAAUCGACAUUAUUCAAAGUGUCUAGUGUGCAAUGAGAAGUGUUUGUUGAAGGAUGUCGUAAGGCUAAAUGUUCCUUGGCUACCUGUGGUGGAAAGCGGAAAACGAAAGAGUUCCGAAUCUUAUGAGCCUCAAAAUAAUCUGUAUAAGGUGCAAUUUGCGAAGUUUGAGAAAGAAUUGGCGGAUAUCUGUAAGGGGGUGAUAUCAAAUGCUGAACAUAGUGAGAGAAUUGAGAAAAUUUGCAUGCGGUACGAGGAGGACAUUCAAAAGAUGCGUAGAUCCUUUGACACGGAACUCACUGAGAUAAAAGAAGAAUUUCGGAAGCAGUUCAAGGAGCAGAGUAAGAAAAUAGAUGCAUUAUUUAUGAUGAGUGUUAGCACUCUACACGACUUCCAGAGGACAUUUGAGCAGCAAAAGCAUGACAUUGAAGCUAAAGAGAGGAGGAUUAAGGAGCUGACUAUGUCACUAGAGAGACGAGAUGUGGAGAUUCACCAGCUGAAGAAACAGAGGAAGCUACAGGUCCCUGAAGGGCCUGAACCUCACCAUCCCCCAUCAGAGUUAAACAAGCUACAGGUCCCUGAAGGGCCUGAACAUCAUCAUCCCCCAUCAGAGGUAAACAAGCUAGAGGUCCCUGAAGGGCCUGAACCUCCCCAUCCCCCAUCAGAGGUAAACAAGCCACAGGUCCCUGAAGGGCCUGAACCUCAUCAUCCCCCAUCAGAGGGCAAGAAAGAUAAGGCCUUGCUUGAUUUACCUGGGUGGCUAAGAUUUCGUUUCCCAGGAAAUACAGGUAGUGGAAGAUCCUGAAAUUGAGACUUUCUACACUAAAAAUAUUCUUUUAAACGAGGGUAUUCAUGCUUGCAACGCAGCUCCGGAUCAGCCUCAUGAAAAUGGCAAUAUGCACUUGGAAUUUAUUCUAGUGACUUUUUGAAGUGAAUUUUGUUCAAUCGAACUGUUGAGAAAUGAAUGGUUUCAUAAUUUGAAAAUGGCAAUAUGCCGUUU